GUCUCCGUUUGGGACGCGGACGCGCGGAUCUCUAUUGCACAAAUGAUGAAUGCACUUGAUGUGAGAAAUAAAACGGGAUUUGGUUGUGUGCUUGUGCGUGGCUGCUGCGUGACACUGGAGGACAGAGGACGCGGAUUUAGGACAAAUUAGUAUCAAUUGUGUCAAAAACGCUCGUCCGUUCUGCGUUGAUUGUGAUCAUGCAGGAAUGGCUCGUGUUCCUAUGUGUUGCGAUACUGGUAGCAAUAAUCUGGUCCAGCUCCAAAGUUUCUGGUACCGAGAAGCGGACAAAGACCGCGCCGAGAAGACCGAACAGUCCGCUGAAAGAUGAAGACGACCGCAGCGUGGAGCUCAUCUGCAAACCUUCCGCCCUGGCCAACUACCUCGUGAAGAACUGCUCCACUUUCAGCAACUACUCGACGCGGGUCGGCUGGACGUGGCGGGCCAGCGCCGUCCUCCAGAGCUUGCACGAUGCGUGCUGGUCCUUCGGCAACCCGGUCCACUUUGUGCGGGACAACCUGCAGCUGAGCGAUGAUGGACUGGUGGCUUUGGACUGGGCUUAUCCUUCCUACCAAAAGAGACGCAGGACUUCCAGCCACUCCACCAGCCCGGUUCUUCUCAUCAUCCCCAAUUCGUUCGGCAAGAUCACCAGAAAUGUCCUGCAGUUGUGUCAAACAGCACUUUCCCAUGGAUACCUCCCUGCAGUCUUCAACCGCCGCAGCCACAACAACACUCCGCUCACCACUGUCAAACUGCAGCAGUUUGGAGAUCCUGCAGACUUGCGAGAAGCUGUGCGGUACAUCCGCUACCGGCACCCUGCCGGCAAACUGUAUGCGGUGAGCGAGAGCACAGGCUCCGGCCUCCUUCUCUCGUACCUGGGGGAGUGCGGCUCGUCCAGCUAUGUGACGGCGGCCGUCUGCCUGUCGCCUGUCUUUCGCUGCCAGAGCUGGUUCGAGAAUGGCCUUUGCUGGCCCAUUCAGUGGGUCUUGGUGUUCUACCAGAAAAUGUGCCUCAGCAGAUACAAGACGGUGCUGAGUUCCACCAUACACACGGACACCCUCUUUGCUACCAGUUCUCUACGCAACCUGGAGGAAGUUCUGUUCUGUCAAACCGAUCAGGUUGGCUGUGCGUCGGCAGCACCAACUGGGAGCAGCAGCAGCACUUCUGGUUCCUGGGAAGCUUACUGGGAACGCAAUGAACCCUUAAGAGACGUGGAUGAAGUGGCCAUUCCAGUCCUGAGUGUGUGCGCUCAGGAUGACCCUGUCCGGGGAAACCCCCAGUCCACAGUACCCUGGGAACUUUUUGAAAGCAACCCGCAUUUUUUUCUCCUUCUAACAGACCGAGGCGGCCACUGUGGUUUCCCCGCGCAAAGCGAAGCGAGUUCCGCUGGGCCAGCUAACCCGGCGGCUGCCACCCAACAGUGCGACUGCAACUGUGGGACCAACUGGAGCCACCGAGCUCUUUUGGAGUUCUUCAGGGCAACCACAGACUUCUUUGCUGCGGAGGAGAGAACGAAACAGCUCGCUGCAAAGAGGAGGGGUCUGGGGGGAAGUACAGGAGGGAGAAUCUUCCGACACCGCAGUGUCAGUACAUGUAAACGAGUACCAGCGUGCUCCCAUAAUAUCCAUGCCAUUUACAACUGGCAGAGGUCCUAUACACGGUGAGGGAACUUGAUGGAAUUUGACCCUUGUGUGCUUUUUCAAUUCCAAAACAAGAUGAUGGGGCCUUGAUAGUGUAGUGGUUUGGAUAGCUGACGUUUUAUGCUGAGUGUGUGGGAUCGAUUCCUACUCGCGUUCAGGUUAGUAAUCUGCCUUUUGCCCUCAGUCUGCUGGAAUAUCCAUCACCUCCCCCACAACCACUGGAACAGGUUUAGCAGUAGAAAAUGGAUGGAUGGCGGUAUUUUAUAUGACAUUGUUGAGGUGUGCUACUUUGUUUGAAAAGUUCUAAUUUUCUAACGAUACAAGCUUUCUCAUUGCCAGCCGUUUAAAAUGUAUUCAUACAUCAAUCACCUCAUGCACCACAACCUUUACGGUGUAAACAUGGCCAACUAAAAACUUGCCAGAGGUCUGAUGCCAAAUGUUUGAUCCCCUGAUAACAAAAACAAACUUCUGCUGUUACACUUGUUGGACUCCUUUGGAUUGUGUUUUUUUAUUUUUUUUAUUUUAUUUCUUUGCUUUGGAAUUUGCCUUUCCUAUCCUAGCGAGAUGGACUAGGUUGUUCGAAAUCUAAAAUUGCUUAGCAAAGUCUCAAUAUGAACUUUAACUCUCCUUUAGGAUAGGUUACAUCUCACCAACCUUUACAAAAAGAAAGCCGAAAUGUACAGCGGCAGUUUUUAAAGCAACAAGCCACUGACGAAGUUAACCGACAAGUUGGUCGCAAGGUGCUCAAGAGUUUCACCCGAGAGACGUCAGCAAUACCUGCCGUUGUGCGAUGACGUCAGUUAGGAAAAGUGGAGUUGAAUGAUGUUUAUACAGUGCUGUCUUUUCCCGUGUUCUAAAGGAAACCCCUUUUAGUCUCGCCUUGACCUGUUGCCGUUUUCCACAAAGGUUAAGGAAAGGUGCUACAAAAGUAAGGAGAUUUGACUUUCCGAAAAGGCCUCAAUGACUGACUUGCCACGUCCAAGCCCUUACAACAGCUGAACUUCGAAGCGAGUAAGCGAUUUUGGGCAAUAAAAUUUGCAUUUCAGCUGUCACGCUAACAUAGCAGAGUCAGUGAUGUGUAACAAUGUGUUAUUGUGGCUACCUUUUGUAGUCGACGCUGUAGAACCUCAAUUGUACUUAUGCCUCUGGACUUCGCUUAAAAUUGUUUGACUUCUAAAUUGUUAAUUUUGCAUUUGAAAUUUGGGGAAUAUUGAUAGGCAGCAUGCGGCUGUGUGUCUUGGCUUAGGGCUAAAUGGAGUUUGCAUGUUCUCUGGUUUCCUCUCUUCUUCCAAAAAACAAUGCAUAUUACAACCCCAAUUGAUGUUGGGACUUUGUGUUAAACAUAAAUAAAAAUAGAAUACAAUGAUUGGCAAAUCAUGUUCGACCUAUAUUUAAUCGAGUAUACUACAAAGACAAGAUAUUUAAUGUUCAAGCUGAUACAUUUUAUUGUUUUUAGCAAAUAAUCAUUAACUUAGAAUUUUAUGGCUGCAACACGUUCCAAAAAAGCUGGGACAGGGUCAGGUCAUGUUUACCACUGUGUUACAUCACCUUUUCUUUGAACAACAUUCAAUAAACGUUUGGGAACUGAGGACACUAAUUGUUGAAGUUUUGUAGGUGGAAUUCUUUCCCAUUCUUGCUUGAUGUACAGCUUCAGCUGUUCAACAGUCCGGGGUCUCCGUUGUCAUAUUUUACGCUUCCUAAUGCGCCACACAUUUUCAAUGGGAGACCGGUCUGGACUGCAGGCAGGCCAGUCUAGUACCCCCACUCUUUUACUACGAAGCCACGCUGUUGUAACACGUGCAGAAUGUGGUUUGGCAUUGUCUUGCUGAAAUAAGCAGGGGCGUCCAUGAAAAAGACAUAAGCAUAUGUCUCUCCAAAACCUGUAUGUACCGUUCAGCAUUAAUGGUGCCUUCACAGAUGUGUAAGUUACUCAUGCCAUUGGCACUAACACAGCUCAAUACCAUCAAAGAUGCUGGCUUUAGAACUUUGCGUCCAUAGCAGUCCGGAUGGUUUGGCCUGGACACGACAAAAACAAUUUCCAAAAACAAUUUGAAAUGUGGACUCGUCGGACCACAGAACACUUUUCCACUUUGCAUCAGUCCAUCUUAGAUGAACUCGGGCCCAGAGAAGCCAGCUGUGCUUCUGCGUGUUGUUGAUGAAUGGCUUUGGCUUUGCAUAGUAGAGUUUCAAGUUGCACUUCCAGAUGUAGCGCCGAACUGUAUUUACUGACAGUGGUUUUCUGAAGUGUUCCUGAGCCCAUGUGGUGAUAUCCUUUACGCAUUGAUGUCGGUUUUUGAUGCAGUGCCGCCUGGGGGAUCGAAGGUCACGGGCAUUCAAUGUUGGUUUUCGGCUUUGCCGCUUACAUGCAGUGAUUUCUCUAGAUUCUCUGAACCUUUUGAUGAUAUUAUGGGCCGUAGAUGAUGAAAUCCCUAAAUUCCUUGCAAUUGUACGUUGAGGAACAUUGUCCUUAAACUGUUCGACUAUUUUCUCAUGCACUUGUUCACAAAGAGGCGAACCUCACCCCAUCUUUGCUUGUGAAUGACUGAGCAAUUCAGGGAAGCUCCUUUUAUACCCAAUCAUGGCACCCACCUGUUCCCAAUUAGCCUGUUCACCUGUGCGAUGUUUGAUGAGCAUUCCUCAACUUUCUCAGUCUUUUUUGCCACCUGUGCCAGCUUUUUUGGAACGUGUUGCAGCCAUAAACUUCUAAGUUAAUGAUUAUUUGCUAAAAACAAUCAAGUUGAUCAGUUUGAACAUUAAAUAUCUUGUAUUUGUUGUCUAUUCAAUUAAAUAUUGGUUGAACAUGAUUUGCAAAUCAUUGUAUUCUGUUUUUAUUUAUGUUUAACACAACAUCCCAACUUCAUUGGAGUUGGGGUUGUAGUUGACAUGAAGAGUGAUUGUGAAUGUUUAGAUAUGCCCUGUGAUUGACUUGUUAAAGAUCCAGUCUGAACGCUCCUUUUUCCAAAGCUCUGCCCAAAUCCAGCUCAACUUUAACCUUGAACCGUAUAAGUGGUAGGAAAUUGAUGGAUGGACAGAAAUAUUAGUAGCCAACUGUCAUAUUUCAUUGGUUUGUCAGAAUGUAGCGAUAAAGCUCUGUUGGUGUCGUAAAAUAUUAUUUUACUUGGCAUGAUUGAGAUUCUCAGCAGGCAAUCCUCACCCAUUGAUUGCAUUCAAAACACAAUCAAUUUAAUAACGUUAUGAUACUUCUUUGAAAAAAACCCUAAUCACAUUCAAGAAUGCAACCAUAUAGUUGAGUAUACACAUUUCACACUUGCAAUACAAAUUAGUUUUAUAUUAUACAUGUUUACCACUUUAAAAGUGUAUUUUAUUACUGUAGUUCUAUGUGAUGGAAUUCUAGAAAAUAGGAGAAUGAUAUCUGAAGCAUGGUUUGCAAUGUUGUUGUUUUGUUCUCAUUUUAAUGCACUUGCUCUCUUCUCAAAGCUCACAAAGACCCCCAAUUAUAGCACAGUCCCCAUGGCCAUUUCAUGUUGAGAUUGCGUGUGCCCAUUGAGAGUUAUCUACUCAGACAGCUGGAACACAGCGGUACACACGCACAGAAUGCCGGCAGACACGAUGUCCACUUGUAUCACGACCAACUUCACUCACACACACACACACACACACACACACACACAAAUGAGAUGUCCUGCAUGGUACAUGAACUCCAAAAUGCAACCGACAAUAUACUGUAGGACAAUUUGGUGUGUGUACUGUAAAUCAAAGGUGCUUUUUGACAACGCUUUUCUCCUGUGGUGUUGUGUAUUUCCUCUACUGCAAGUUAAUCAGAACAGUUGCAGCAAUGCUUUUUGUGUUCUUCAUUAUAAGCAGCUGACUGGAAAAUGUCUUUGCACACACUUAAAAGUAGUGAUACGCCAUUAAUAAUAGCUGUGGCAAACUCUGCAUUUGGUACCUGGACCUUCAGUUAGGGACUUACCCGACUUCCUAAUACUGCCACUAUCAAAUCACAAUUUUAAAACCCAUCAGUACUGUACAAAAACACAAUAUAACCGCACGUCACUGUGCCGCGGACAUUGUAAGAAGCAGUUCUGGUUCGAUAUUUAUCUAGUAACGUAAAAAAUAUCAUCAUACCAUAAAUGCUGAUUAUUAAAUGUAUUAUUGUGCAGAUAGCUACAGAUGUGUUUUUCUUGUCGAAGGUGGCUGUAACAAGUUUUGCUCUGACCGACCAAUGAGAGAACAAUGCUGACAUCAUCAAGGGCCAGACCUCUGGCCCUGUGAGGAAAAAUGUGAAAUCUGAUUGAUUUAAGAAACACACUUAUUGCUAAUAUCGUUUAAAUUACAUCUGCCAACACUACUCAUUCUGAAGGCCUUGGCAGAUUAGAUUGAUAUGGUAGCACAUAAAGGCUGAAACCUGAUUGGACAAAAAAAUAAAAUAAAUAAAUAAUCCAACAUCCACAGGUUAUAAAAUGUAGAGAAUAUUUUGUCUUACUUUCAUUCUAAUAUCAACCAAAAAUGCAUAGCUGUAGACAACUGCACUUUGUUUCCCCAAACAUCUCCUGGUUCAAAAGUCUAAUACUCGGUUUGGCAAAAGCACAAAGUGCAGCUGCUCUACAAUAGUGGUUGAGAUAUUAAAUUACUGUUUCGUCAAGCCUUGCACACAAAAAAAGGUUACUUUUACUGAUACUGCAGUCGACAUCAGUUGGUGGUUUUCCUAUUGCAGUGGUUAUAUAUUUUCUCUUAUUAAUCAAUUCUGCCCAAGGGACUACUGAAAUAAAUGUAAAUUCUGAAAAUAACAGUUGGUGUCACGUGUGUGCUUUCUUUGGCUGAUGCAGCGCAUAUAUCUACAGUAGUUCUAGUCAUUAAUGCACUUUUGACACAAAAAGAAAUCCAUUUCCCUCUUAUUCAGGAAAGUCAGUGCUGGUUAAAGUUGAAACUAAUAACCAGUCUGCUUUGAAAUACAAGCUUGUGUUUGCAUUGAAUUGAUAGUGAAGUGAUGAUUGAUUGGAAUAGAUUAACAAGGAUGAUAUGUUUCAUAAAAUGUGGGUUGUUUUGCUGUUACAUAAUUUCAAGUAGAUGUUGCUUCUUUGCAAUAAAUGCUGUUUAGUAUUGGCCGCCAGCAAAUGGAGCCCUUUAGAUUAAAUUGUCUUUCCUGUUUGCUAAUUCAGUUAUAUUCUCAACAACUCUGCCUGAGUGACGAGUUAAACAGCAAUGUUACAUACAUGCUUACAGGAUUAUCACACCAAUUUGCCAAAAGUGUGCAUUUGUUCUCGUUGAAACAUUAUUUCCUGCCCUUUCUUCUUUGGUAAAUGACAGUGUGGAUAGAGGAAGAUUUCUUCAUGUCGCAAUAAAGGAACAUCAAUGUAUAUACUCUAUCAUUCAAAAAUACCACUUUAACAAAAAUGUUAAAACUCAUUGCAAGGCCUUUGCCAGCUUUCUAGUUUGAGAAGUUUUGGAUUUACUUUGAGUCUGACACCGAAAUAAUGCGCUACACAGCGCUGCAAUUUAUCCCAAGACUCUCUCCUUGCCAAUAUGAACUGAAUAUCAAUCCGUAGUUCAUUUAACAUAGCAGAUACAAAAACAAAAAGAAAAGAAAAGCUGAUGUGCCUCCUUUGAGGUGCUGUGGCACCUCACACUUUGAAAACCUUUGCCUCCAAGGAAAUGUGUUUUGCAUGCAUAACAAUUCAACAA